UGUAUAAGGAAGCAAAACAUCUUAUCUUGAUGAACCACAUUUCUUUUAACUUCACUACAUUACAGUAGAGGAACAGUAGCAUUGUGUAUAUAUCUAAAAACCAGACGGACAAUUCCGGACAGCUUGGAACAUGGGAAAAAACAAGGAAAAAAGCAGUUCAGAAAUUGUUAAAAAGAUGCAAAAGAACAAAGAUUUGACUGAGCAGCAGGGUGAGAUUAAAUCUCCAAAACGCCAUGCGGAAGGUCACCAAAACAAUGAAACUUUAAAAAUAAAAAAUAAAAUAAGGAAUGAGUCAGAUGCAUAUUAUGAAUCGCCUCCAAGAAAAAAGAAGAGAAAGCUAAAAGCAUCUACAAAUGAUGAACUGGAAUGUAUGCAGAGUGAAAACACAGAGGAAGCAGAUGUAACAAUGGAUUUUGGGGUGGAAAGCAAUAACAAAAGUGAAGAAAUGGUAAAGAAAAAGCAAAAAAAGCCAAAGGACAAAGAAAGUGUAAAGCAUAAAACAUCUACAAAUGAUGAAAUGGAACGUAUACAAAGAAAAAAACCAGAGAAGGCAGAAAUCACGAUGGAAUUGGACGUGGAAAGCAGUAACAGAAGUGAAGAUCUAGUAAAGAAAAAGAAAAAAAAGUCAAAGGAUAAAGCAUUAACAAAUGAUGAAAUUAAAUGUAUGCAAAGAAAAAAGUCAGAGAAAGCAGAAAUCACGAUGGAAUCAGAGGUGGAAAGCAGUAACAGAAGUCAAGAUCUUGUAAAGAAAAAAAAGCCAAAGGACAAACACAGUAUGAAGGAUAAAGCAUUAACAAAUGAAGUAAUGGAAUGUAUGCAAAGAAAAAAGCCAGAAAAAGUUGUCGUCCUGAUCGAAUCAGAGGAGGAAAGCAGUAACAGAAGUGAAGAACUAGUCAAGAAAAAGAAAAAAAAGUCAAAGGACAAAGAAAAUAGGAAGCAUAAAGCAUCUACCAAUUCAAAUGAAUCAAAAGACUUAGGAAAAAAGAAGACAAAUCAAAUGAAUGUUGCUGUGGAAUCAGAGACACAAAGUCAUAAAAUUAAAGAUCCAAAUAAAGCUACAGAAAAAUCCCGCAAGGUUUCGGUUAAACAGAAUAAAAAAGUGAAGAUUGUUUAUAGAACGCAAGAGACACUCACUGUUCCAGAUGUGACUGAAGAAAACACUAAUCCAGUGGACUCUGAAGAUUUACCCAGUCCUACAACAGGUGUUGACAUUGGUUUCAGAAAAAAGAGACGUAGAAAAGGAGAGCCUGUAGCGAAUGAAGAAGUUCUUCUGGAGCAGAUUAAGGAAUUUGUGCCCAAUAUAGACUCAAAAGAACCGCUGAAUGUCAGUAAAUUAAUUAAGUAUGACCUGCCGAGAUAUAAGGAAUUUAAAAGAAAAGGAAUCACUAUCAGUGUUGGAAGGUUCACAGUAAAAGAAAAUGCCAGGCUGAGAAAAAAUGUUGAAGAUUUCUUGGCCCUGACAGGAGUCGAUAGUGCAACCAAACUGUUUUUUACACAUCGCUUUAAGGAGGAACAAGAGCAUAUAAAGCAUGUAAAGAAACAGUACAAAUUCUUUGAAAGGAUAGCAGAGGGAAUUCCAAGAUCAUGCUAUUACAUUUAUUCUCGCGGGAGAAGAAUGUUUGAUGACCGGCAGUACAAGGGGGAGUUUUCGAAAGAAGAACUUCACCAGCUGCUGAGAUUGCACACGUUACAUGGUAGUAACUGGAAGAAGAUUUCAGAGUUAACUGGACGAAGUGCUUACUCGCUCCAGAAACGUUUUGCUCACCUUUCUGAGAAGGAAGGCUCCUGGAGCACGAAGGAGGUACAAAGGCUGUUAAAAGCAGUUCACGAUUAUAUAGUGAGCCAGCUCCCACGUGGUGCUAACAAUAACAGUCCAGUAACAGUGAGUAAGGACACACUCUACAGUCGUUUGCCGUGGCAGAACAUUGCAGAAAAGGUGAAAACGCGCUCAUGGACCAAGUGCAGAGAGAAAUGGAUGUUUAUUUUGGCGAGUAAAAUGUCCUCUGGAUCUAUUUUCACUGAGAAAAAAGCUCUGGACAUCAAAAUCAAACUCAUAAAAGCGAUGUAUGAAACUGAAAUAGAAGAUGUAGCCUUUAUAAACUGGGAGGAGCUGGCUGCUGUAAUUGGGGAUGUUCCUCCAGCAUAUGUACAAAAAAAAUGGCACAGAAUGAAAGUCUGCCAUGUGCCAGAAUGGCAAACCAAGUGUUUCGCAGACAUAGUGGACUUUUUGUACGAGAAGGUUUUACCACAUCUGGAACAGAAGUUUUCAGAAUACAAGCACUAUAAUGAUGCUCAGCUUAAAGAGAACCAGGAGAGUUUCCUGCUUACUGACAUCUUUCAGGACUGGAACAGAGAACAGAAUGAUGAGGACAGUGACGACGAGGCCGAGCAAUAAGGAGUAAUUAAUUUACUUGUACAUAGUGAUGGUUAACUAAUUUUUUACCCCCCCCCCCCCACACACAUAUGUCCAAUCUUUCUUAUAUAUAUAUAUAUAUAUAUAGAAGGAGAAUAUUUUGAAUGUAUUAAAUGUAAUUAUUUUAUACAUUAUUAUGUAUUUUUAGAUUUUAGUAUGUACAGUUUAAUUCAAAGCUUACACACACUUGCAAGGGACAUGUUCAUGGCAGUCAUAAAAUUUUAGACAUUUUUGCAAUUGUUUUUCUGUGACUUAUUUUA